UUGAUGCAAAUGAGCCUAAAGGAAGUUGUCAGCAGCAUCAUGCUCUGGCCAAUGGUAGGAAAGCUCCAUCUUAGCUGUGCCACAGGCUGCAUUAAAAAAAGGGACCAGAACAGCGCUCUUUCAGCAUCCUUUCAGACAAGAGCCCCCAAAUCCGUGACAGCAAGCACACUAAGACAACUCUCCAAGAAUGGCAACCCUCAACACCACUCACUGGAAUGAGACUACAUCCAUUUCCCAGUAUCUGGGCUUUCAAGUGCAAAAAAUUUACCCUUUCCAUGAUAACUGGAACACUGCCUGCUUUAUUAUUCUGAUCAUAUUCAUUUUUACUGUAGUUUCUCUGGUGGUGUUGGCUUUCCUCUAUGAACUGCUAGACUGUUGCUGCUGUGUGAAAAAUAAAACUGUGAAAGACUUGGAGAAUGAACCCAAUCCUGUUAGAGCAAUGCUGAACAGCUUCAGAAAGCAUGAAACAGAGGUGGUGUAGGGAGGACUGAGCAUCAGCACUUGAAGAAUGUUUAACACUUUGAAUGAAGCCUCUUGUACCUUACAAAUGAGCAAGUCACAUGCUUUUUUUUCUUCUUAAAAAUAAUAGCAACAAUUAUUGUUUUAUUUCUGGAUGUGAACUUGAAUAAUUGGCAAAAGCUUUCUGAGUGCUUAGCGGAAGGUUGAUCUGUUGCAAUGUUACAGGGGAAGAAAAUAUUUUUGUUUUUAAAUGAACUUUUGUUGUUUACAUUGAGUUACUAGCAUAAUUCUUUGUCUACCUGAAGAAACAAAUGUUGCCUAACAUGCAUAAAACUAUGUUGCUUAACUGGAGAAAACCUUUAUAAAAACGUUUAACAAUCUGAUCGUACACAGUACAAAGACACAGCAGUGUCCUCCUGCCCAGGUCAACCACACAGAGACAGGAAAGACAUACAAGGGGUGAGAAAAAAGCUAUGAGAUAGAAGGGUUGAAUGGUAAGAGAUUCCACAGACUGGAGAGGCCUAUGUGAAUUCUUGUCCUCAGCAGCUCUUCUUAUGAGCUUGAUUUUAGAAGAGCGGGUGGUGGAAGGAAAAGUAAUCCAACGUGAAACAUAUCCCUAUAAUGGUCUUUUCUAUCCUUUCUAUCCUCCUGUGGUACAAUGUGACCCUUUCUUCCUCCCCUUCUCCAAUUGCAGAGAACUCCUCUCCCUUUACUUCAUGUUCAACCUGUUUAACAACUUCUGGAUGUCAAGACAUGACUAAGGCACUACCUUAAGAAUAUCUGACUAUUUCCACAACAGCAUAGUGUAGUGGUGAUAUGGUUUAGAAGAAACAGGGCCAUUUUUCUGCCCCAAGGUUGCUGCUUCUAUGGUAAGCACAACACUACAGGAAAUCAGACAUGCUGGAUAUAUCAUUUCUAUCUCAACUCUUCAAAGCUGAACUGGAACUGAAUGACUUCAUGCCAAGAAACACAAGCAGAUGGGUUGCAGACCACCCACACCGACGACAAUAAUUUUGCCCAGCCCUCAAGGCAGCUCUCAGGUGUCAACACACUUCAGAAAGGAGGCCACACCAGGAUAAGCCUUGCGCUAGAGCCGGCAGGAUGGAUGCACAGCAAGAAGUGCCUUCAUUUUGCACAAAAGAAUCUCAGCUUGCUUCAUCAGCCUGCCAGUGCAUCCCAGAGAGCUCAUACGUAAUAUUCACACCUCUGGCUCUCCAGAUGAUUUUUUUUUCUGGAACUGCGUUGCAUCUAUAGUUUUUAAAACCAUAAAAGUUUUGCAGUUACACAUUACAAGUGUAAUAGUGGCAUCAAGCAGCGUGGCCAUCAGCAGUGCCUGCUAAGUCUUUCACUCUCCUGAACUCAUAGAGAAGCAGGCCAGCAAGAAACAUCCCAAACCAAAGCUACAUGUAGGACAAGACAUUUAACAAUAUAAAUCCCAAGUGAUAUUCCUGCCAUUAGGGAAACAAACCCCACCUAAUGGCCAAAUGGACAAGUAAGCUACAACAUUGAUCUCGCUGUCUAUCCAUGUCAGAAAUACCCUUGUGCUAUGACAAGUACCUAUAAUUAUUCUCCUUUUAAAAAAAAUAAUAUAUAUAUAUAAACAGCCUCUAUCAGGUUCAGUAUGCCUAAGCUCUAGAAGAUCUGGACACACUGAAAGACUUGCUAAUUUAACUUGUGCUCUUCCUGGUUGGUGAGAUGGAGCCAGGCCACUACUAACCAGCACAGACAGUCCAGUGAUUCACCUGGAGGAGCAAGGUCCCUUCUGCAAUCACAAAACCACACAACUGCAACCAUUCAUCUCGGAUACACUUGUUACGGUGACAUUUUGCCAGUACCAGUCCCACAUGCAGAGAACACUUUUAGCUAAAAAUCAAACCAUAAGCACAAUUAAUGGAAGCCGAUGUCCCAGGUACAAGACAAUUUAGGAUUCACCCCAAGACAUACGAUGAAGACAACGGUAGUGCUGUUAAUGCCUUUUGCUGUCAGGGACACCGGGUAGACGCCUCAUUACCUUCUUCUGCAUUUGACUGUGUCAGCCCUGAAAGACCCGUGUCGUGCUCAAGAGAGGCAAGAGUAGCCAUCGGGACACACUGAAUUCUUUCCUGAAAGCAAACACUCUGAAUGGCACUAGGGCUGCUUUCCACUUGCAGUGUUCCUACAAAACGCUCAUCACCACCGCACACAAGAAGGCAGUGUGCAGGAAAUAACACAGCUAGCCUCUGCUAUGCUGACUUCAUUAUUCUUAUGCCUUCCUGAGAAGCACAGGCAAGGAAAAAUCUUGGGACUCCUUCCAGCUACUUAUUUCACCAAUCUAUAAAGGCGGCUGGGUGUCUGCCCAAGGAACCGAAGACAAAGAUCUCCCCUCGCCCAGCCCUAGAGUCUCAGGACGAUUCUUUCCCACGUGUACACUAAGUAGUGAAACAGCCCCUGGAGACUUCAGCUCUUGAUUACUGCUGGCUAAGAUCACUAAAGGUCUUAAGAUAAAGACUAAGAUCUCAGUCACAACUGA